AUGUCGCAGACGUUUGGUCAGCGAUCAGAUUUUGACUUUGAUGAUGGUUUUGAACAAGAGGAACGUGAAAGUGAUGAUUCAUUUGAGGAAAAUAUUCGCAAACAGUUGCUGGAAUUUAGAAGCGGUACCGAUAGAGAAAUCAUUCUCGAGCCGUUAUCAAUUGAGAAAAGAAAGAUUGUGCAUUGUAUAGCCAUGAAUUGCAGUUUGAAGUCGCACAGUAUCGGAAGCGGAUGUAAUCGUCGCGUUGUAGUGACACGUUUCCCACAUGUCGAUCUGUGUACCUACACUAAUGCUAGGGAUUCAGAACCGAUUGUUUUGAGUGUAUUUCAGAAACGAGCAUUAUCGCGUUUCCUGACUAUAUUUCCGUUAGGUUAUGGCGAUAUCGACUUGUAUCUUCGAUCCGGCAAUGCAAGCCGACAAAUUAAUGGUCGCUGUCAUGCAAGUUUUAACAAACCAAUGUUGGUUCCACCCAGUCCGUCAGUACGGCAUGCAAUGGAGAACUUCCGCAGAAGUUUGCCGACUUAUGCAAUGAGGGAAGAAAUCUUGAAAACUAUUCGUAAUCAUAAAGUAACAAUGAUCGUUGGUGGAACUGGAUGUGGUAAGACAACACAGGUUCCUCAGUUUAUACUAGAAGAUGCUGCAGAACGACAACAGGGAGUUCGAAUAUUCUGUACGCAGCCGCGAAGAUUGCCAGUUCUUGCAGUAUCUGCACGUGUCGCAAAAGAGAGGAACGAGAAAUUGGGAUCAACAGUGGGUUAUCACAUUCGAUUGGAGCAGAAAACAUCGGAACAAACUGUACUAACAUAUUGUACCAGUGGGGUUUUGUUACGACUGCUAACAAAUGACACUAACGCCUCCAAUAUUUCACACAUUAUUUUGGAUGAAAUUCAUGAACGAGAACAAAAAACGGAUUAUCUACUGAUAGUCCUUCGACAAGCACUUAAAAAUCGAGAUGAUUUGAGAAUUAUUUUAAUGUCCGCAACGAUGGAAGAAGGUCGCGAGUUAUUUAGACGUUAUUUUGGUCCUGGAAAUGUUUUUUGUUUGGACAUACCGUCCACAUUACAUAAGGUGGAAAUGUUUUAUUUGCCAGAAAUAUUGGCAUUGACAGAUUAUAAACAUGCAUCAUCGUUUACCGGCGGUACUUUCUUUGGCAAAACUGCAAGGAGCUUGAAUGAUGAUCAGGCUUACAAUAGUUUUCCUCAAGUGGACGAAUUUCGUUCUGAAAAUUAUGAUGACUCAAAAAUGCAGCAAGGACGUAAUAGCAAAAAAAAGAAUGGCGAUGAAACGAAUAGCAAUUGUGAAAUUGUGCAUUCGCGACGAAUUGCACCAUCUGCUGUUGCAAGUGAUCAUUUAUCUCCAGUAAUGAUCAGUCAGGUCAAUAGUCGGCAGUUAUGUCCACAGAUUUCUUCGAAUUCACACCAGGAAAAAGGAUGUUAUGCAAGUUUCAAUGGACACAUUAGUUUAACUGAAAUGUAUAGCAAAAUGAAUAUAAGAAACAACGAACAAAAUGGCUGUUAUCAAGAGCCAACGUUCUACGAUGGAUAUCAGAUGUAUCCAUCACACAGCGGAUUGGCUAGUUUCAACUACUCUCAGCCACCACCAAAUUAUGUAUAUACUCAGCAGAUCCCAGUAACUCCAUAUGGUAUGAUGGCAUCAUAUGUUGGUGGGCCACAGAUGAUGUAUACAACAUAUCAUGUAGUGCCGGCGCAAAGCGAUUGCCAAAAUUACUAUGUUAUGCCUCCAAACGUACAGGAUUACACUCAGCCUCCAAAAUUCUAUAUAUCCACGAAUAAUGCAGACGGAUUUGGGGCGCAGUGGAAUUCAAAUGGAUCAGAUUUUUCUGAUCAGGGAUCGUUAAUGUCAUUUUCGUUGCCAAAUAUCCAUUCAGAACGUCGAGAUGUGCCGCAUUGCGAUCAAGAAUACUAUGUAUCUCGUUUGCGCGACCGUCCUCCACAUUUCGAUCCGUCAUGUGUGGAAAUCCUACGACGUACCAAUUUGGAUACGAUUUACCUGGUUGAUUCAUAUAUGAUAUCCGGUGGUGAACAAUGGUUGGAAAGUGUUGAUACGGAUUUAACAGUAGCUGUUAUCAAUUACUGCAUGGAUAGCCCAAUUCAUGGUUCAAUUCUAGUAUUUUUACCUGGUUAUGAAGACAUAUUAGCUGUACGAGAUAAAGCUAUUAAGAUGCAAGGCUGUUCCACAAAACCAGCAAUUUUCACCCUUCACUCUCAAAUGGGCAGUCAAGAUCAGCAACGUGUGUUUGAACCAGUGGGUCGUGGUUAUCGUAAAGUUAUUUUGAGUACGAAUAUUGCUGAAGCAAGUUUGACAAUUGAUGAUGUUGUUUUUGUGAUUGAUUGUGGUAAAGUCAAAGAGAAAAUCUACGACCACUCAACACGUAUAAGUCAACUUAAAAUGACGUGGAUAGCAAAGUCAAAUGCUGAACAACGGGCCGGCAGAGCUGGAAGAUGUCGAAAUGGUUAUUGCUUUCGACUGUACACAACGGAAGAUUAUGCAAGAAUGAAUCCAACUCAGUUACCUGAAAUGAAGAGAAGCGCUAUUCAUGAAGUGUGUUUACAUGCGAAGAUGUUUGCCCCAAGAAAAUAUUCAGUUCGUCAAUUUUUGCUUAAUGCGCCGGAACCACCGGCUGCAAUGGCUAUUGAUCGAAGUUUUGAAUUUCUUGAGCAAAUUGGUGCAGUUUUCAAAAGUCGGCUAGAGCCAUCGCAAAUGUUGCACUUAGCGGAUAAUUCGUACUUAUCAAAUACUCGGAAUGGUGAACCGGAUUUAACCGAUCUUGGGCGUCACAUUGUACAACUUCCACUGUGCCCGCAGUUGGCACGGUUUCUUCUUUUUGGAAUUUGCUUGAAAUGCUUAAGUCCCGUUUUAACACUUGUUGCUACUCUGUCUCAUCGUGAUCCCUUUGUGUUACCACCGAGUGGUGAACGAGAAGAACGAAAUUCCGCAAUGAUGACACGUGAUAUUUUCGCCGGCUUUGAUUACUCCGAUCAUAUGACAUUUUUGAGAAUAUAUAACGCGUUUGUAAAAUUAUCAUUUAAUGGACAAUCGAAUUUUUGCAUGGCUAAUUAUUUGUCUCUCAGUGCAAUGCGGAUGAUUGUUGGCAUUCGACAACAGCUGUUCAUGGAAUUGCAAAGGCUUCGGCUGUUACCCGCAAGUUGUCGAUCAAUAGAUGACCCCGAUUUAAAUCGAUAUGCUAAUUCAUGGCCAAUGAUUCAAGCAGCUAUCGUAGCAGGCAGUUAUCCUAACAUUGGUUUUACGCGUUCCGGUGGUCAGAUUCGAAAAAUACGUACAAGUAACGAAGUUGCAUCGUUACCAUAUGGAUGUGCAGUUAAACGACAAGCUUCAUCUACUGGAAUGAACGGAAUGGGAGUUGGGAGAUUAGGAAAAUCGGAACCGGUUAUUGAAUAUCUUGCUUUCCAGGAGUUAUCAAAAACUGGUGACAACUUGAGUUUGCGAACGGUUACGGCAGUUCCACCGCUGACUGUAUUGUUGUUUGCCGGUCCAAUUCAUCUCAAACGUGAAGUUUUGAAUGACUAUUCUAUAGGUGAUGAAUUUGCUUUAAAUGAUGAUGCAGACACGGAUUCGAAUACCGAUGAAUGCGUCUUUGCUCUUGAGCCGUGGUUGGUUUUCCGAUGGAAAUUUGAGGAUAUGCAGCUAAUGUUAAAGCUGCGUGUCAAGUUGAUGACUUACUUUAUAUUCGUAAUGAAACAACCUGAUCUCCCGGAAACUGAGGAAACAAAGGAACUGCUUGCAACCAUAAAUCAAAUACUGUUAGAAGAUCAUUUUCGUGCGGGAUUUGCAAAUUGUACCGAUUUGCCAAAGUUUCGAGAACAUUCCCCGAAUUCUACAAAUACCGAGGCAACAAAUGAACGAUCAUUUCGUCAUCGGCAACUCCCGGGCCAUACAGAAGAGCAAUGUCAACGAGAAACUGCUGUUGAUAGUUCUUAUCUUAUGACACGAAAUCACCGGCCAAAACAAUCGAAUGGAAUUUCAAACUUGGAUAGUCGAGCCGACUUCUGUGGCGGACCCGGUAUACAGUCUCUCGAAAUAGAUGAAAGCAUCGAUAACAACGAUCAUUUGUCCUAUCGUCCUGAAGAAGAAAACACCGCAACAAACACUCAUUUAAAUGAACCUAGUGAUGAUACCUUUAUUGCAGUAUCACUUCCAUUUGAAGAAGAACAAGUCCCCGAAGAUCCAUGUAUGAGUACAUUGGAAGAAGCUGGAAUAACAAAGGCCAGGCAAGUAUUAGCAGUGAAUGUGGAAAAAGAACAGAAUAAUUCAGUUGGCGAUGAUUUAUCACAGGAAAGAAGUACAGAGGAAUCAAAUGAACAGCAAGAAACGCCUAAUGAUACAGUUACAGUUGUUCAGAGAUCAGGACAUUUCGUUUCCGAUCAUUUUCGACCAGAUGACCAGCGUAUUCGACGAAUGUUUCGACAAUUUGUGAAUAGAUCAAGGCCACAAUCAACGCGAUCAACUGAUAUUGUCAAAGCAGAAGAUCAGCAGGAAUACCGCAAUAGUGAAGAAAUUAGAGAACGGCGACGAGAAAAUCGUCGAAGAGAUUGGCACUGGAGAAAAAACCCACCAGCAUGCUGUGUUGCACCAUCAGAUGCUUGUCGAAUGCCACUCGCAUAUUUUAGAGGAGGCAGAAAAUCUGAUCGUUAUCGCGGUAGUGGAUUCCGUGGUCGUAGCAAAGUAUCACGGAACCAGCCUAACCAGAACGACCUAACCAGCCGUGAGCUGACAUCUGAUCUUACUAGCUGA